AUGGCUCCAAUUUUAACUCAUAAUUCUGAAGUGACUGCCAGUGAAAGGAGUGACAAUAAAGAAAAUAGGAUUGUGCAAGUGAAGAAUCCUCAUCUGGCAUCAAUGCCUGAAGAUUAUCUUUAUCAUUUUGAUCUGGGAACACAAACACACAAUCUACAAGCAAUGUUUGGAGAUGUAAAGUUUGCUUGUGUUGGUGGCAGUGCAAAUCGAAUGAGAACUUUUGCACAGUUUAUGCACAUGGAACUUGGAUUAAAUGGCAAUGGGAGUAACAUUCUGGAUAUUUGCGCAGGAACAGACAGAUAUAGUAUGUACAAGGCUGGUCCUGUAUUGGCCGUAAGUCAUGGAAUGGGUGCGCCAUCGAUAUCAAUCAUGCUGCAUGAACUCAUUAAGUUACUUCACCAUGCCAAGUGUUGUGAUGUCACUUUCAUACGUCUGGGAACAUCAGGUGGUAUAGGUCUGGAUCCUGGAACUGUGGUUAUAACAGGUACAGCAGUAGAUUCAUUAUUACAGCCUCAGUUUGAACAAGUGGUUCUGGGAAAAGUAAUUACUCGAAGCACCGAACUGGACAGGGAACUGGCACAAGAGUUAUUGAACUGUGGCAAAGAGAUCGCCGAGUAUCCUAUUAUCAUUGGAAACACCAUGUGCACACAAGAUUUUUAUGAAGGGCAAGGACGUUUGGAUGGUGCUUUAUGUUCAUUUUCAAAUGAUGAGAAGGUGGAGUAUUUGAAAAAGGCCUAUAGAGCUGGUGUUAAAAACAUUGAAAUGGAGUCCACUGUCUUUGCUGCAAUGUGCCACAGUUGUGAUCUAAAAGCUGCUAUUGUGUGUGUGACCUUAUUAAAUCGGCUUGAUGGUGACCAGAUUACAUCUCCACACGAAGUGUUACUGGAGUACCAAAAGCGUCCACAGAAAAUAGUAUCAAUGUUCAUCAAGAAACAGCUUGGGCUGUUAAAAUAG